CUCUCCUCGCUUUAUUCAUUGGCAUUGCACUUCUAGCUAGAGCAGAGGAACUUUCGGAACUGGUGUUUGUGGAUUUGUACUCGAAGAACAAUGGAUCAUAUUUGUAUCGCUUCGCUCUCAAGAUAGAUCCUUACAUUCUAUGGAUAAUUAUUAGAGGAUUCACAGUGACUGGGACUUUAACAGUUUGAGUAAUAUCUAUUUGCCGUUUGUGGAAAAACGAAUUUCGUGUCUCGUCUUGAAGGACAACUUUCUGAAAGAUUGAACCCUUCUCGGCGGUACCACGAUGGUGCUGCUACCCCGGGGUUCCGCGGUAGGCGGCCUUGGUAGAACUGCUAGAAGUAGUAUGCUGCGUCUGAAUUGUGUUCUUGUUGGUGUUUUCUGUAUCUUUUUAUCAAUUGCCACCUAUACAUCCAAUGCUCAACGAUUAUAUGGACAUACCACGACAGGACUUGUGAACGCAAGAUAUGUGUCUGCCACUUCAGUCAGAGGACCUCACGUUUGUAGAUCAGCCUCGACGGGUGGACCUACGUGCUGCCCGGGAUGGACCAUCAACGAAGGCAGUAGACAGUGUAUCAAACCUACAUGCAGGGGAUCUUGUGAAGGAGGGGGUACAUGUACCGCCCCUAACAGGUGCACGAGAUGUCAAAGCUCAUCCAUGGGAUACCAGUGUCAAAGUGGACACCCUAUGGUCGCCGGCGUCAGCUACAGAGGGCAAUCCUACACAGGCAACUGGCAGCUGAUAAGACGGACAACGAUCAGCGCACCUCGCUACGUCUCCGGCUACCAAACACCCCGGCAGAACAGUGGCGGUCAGAACCCCAUCAAUACAGGUACCCGGACGGUCGUCCACACCACGAGACAGAUCCCCUCCAGGACGGCCAUCCAUUCCACCGGUCAAGUAAUCAGGCAGAACAUCGGCAGAGGACAGGUCCAGGUCCAAAGCUCCGCCCUGAACAGCCCCAGGACGGGCGUGGUCUCCUACCAGCAGGUGCUCUCCAGGCAGAACCCUGCCUCGUCCACCGGCUAUAGUUGUAGCUCCAGGGGGUGUCACUACCGGUGUCAGGUUGGAAGUAAUGGUCAGGUGCAGUGUAUCUGUCCACCAGGAUACAUGCUGGGAUCGGAUCAGAGGAGCUGUGCAGAUAUUGAUGAGUGUGGUCGAUAUCCAGGUCUCUGUCAGCAGGGAUGUCAGAACACCCUGGGAGGAUACCGGUGUAGCUGCUCAAGUGGGAUGCUGACUGCUAACAGGAGGACAUGCGCUGGAGGAUGCCAGAGUUGCAAUUCUGACCCAAGACCGAACCCACAACCACAACCAAACCCAAGACCAUACCCCUUUCCCAACACCAACCCCAACCCCAAUCCCAAUCCCAAUCCCAAUCCCAAUCCCAAUCCUAAUCCCAAUCCUAAUCCUAGCCAAGGAUCUUGUCCACCAGGCUUCGUUCCAAGGAGAACAGCAGAUGGGAUCCAGUGCAUUGAUGUGAAUGAAUGUCAGAACUCUCAAUGUGACCAGCAGUGUGUGAACACAGAAGGGGGUUACAGCUGUGAAUGUGGAAGCGGCUUUACUUUAUCGGCGGACAAACAAAGAUGCAUAGAUAUCGACGAGUGUAGACAGAGCCAAUGGCAGCCGUGUCAUCAUAGCUGUGAGAACACAGCCGGCAGCUACAGGUGUUCGUGCAGACAAGGAUUCAGACUCCAUAUGAACGGAAGAUCUUGUAUUGAUAUUGAUGAGUGCAGGCAGAGCGGAGGACCCAGUGUUUGCCAUCACAGGUGUCUUAACACCCACGGCAGUUACACCUGUCAGUGUAGACAAGGGUUUGAACUACAGGAAGAUGGCAUGACUUGUGGAGAUAUCGAUGAGUGUGCCAGUCAACCCCAUGGGUGCACAGGAAAGUGUAUUAACACCAUCGGGUCCUAUCACUGUAACUGUGCUAAGGGAUACUCCAGUAUUGCAGGAAGAUGUGUUGAUCUGAAUGAAUGCAGAACGGCUAACGGUGGAUGUCAGCACCUGUGUAUGAACACAGAAGGAAGCUACUUCUGUACUUGUCGGACAGGGUACUCACUCAGAUCAGACACUAGGACAUGCUCAAGUAUGAAUGCUUGCGAGAGGUAUGGUGCUGUUUGUGAGUUUGGUUGUGACGAGGUAGCAGGCUCUUACAGAUGCCGCUGUCCUGAGGGAUUCGAGAUACACAGCAAUGGACAGAACUGUAUUGACAUUAAUGAGUGCUCCCUUGAGAGGGGUCUUUGCCACUACCAGUGCAUCAAUACCAAGGGAUCCUACCGGUGUCUGUGUCCCCCUGGAUACGAUCUUGGUCUCGAUGGAAGGAUGUGUACUGAUGUAAAUGAAUGUCUUCAGGACCAUGGGUGUCAGUUUGGAUGUGAGAACACGGCUGGUAGCUUCAGAUGUACCUGCCCACCUGGUUACGAGGGACUGGGAUACGCGGACUGCCAAGCACCCAGGGAAUGUACAGACGGAGUGUGUUCACACAAUUGCAUCAACACACCUGAUGGUUUCAGAUGUCAAUGUCCUUCAGGCAUGAGAUUACAUAACAAUGGAAGGCAUUGUGAAGAUGUUGAUGAGUGUGCCAUGCCCGUCCAGGGAGGCUGCCAGCACAACUGUCGUAACACGCUUGGUAGCUACGCAUGCUCUUGUCAGGAAGGGUACCUACUCCACGUAGACCAGAGGCAAUGUACCCCAGGGCCAGACUGCACCACAUGUGAUAACUGCCCCAGGGGCGAGAGACUCAACCAUGAGUCCGGCCAGUGUCAAGAUCUGAAUGAGUGCAAUGUGGCCAACGCAGGAACCACCAUGCCCUGCCGUGACCCCCGCUGCCCUGCCGGACCAGAACCAAAGUGUAGCCACGCCUGUGUCAAUACCCCAGGGGGGUACUACUGCACCUGUCCACCAGGCUACACCCUUAGUCCAGACGGACACACCUGUUUUGAAGUACCCAGAAACCCAAUGUGUAGUCCAGCUUGUAUGAACGGGGGUACCUGCCGCUAUGCACCACAUUGCUCCGGCAUGCCAGCUUGUCCCACAGCAUGUGCCUGUCUAUGGGGCUUCUUUGGCCCUUCUUGUGAAUAUGGAGAAAACCCACAAGUUUGCCAGCCACCCUGUCUUAAUGGAGGCUCUUGCGUAGAGGGUAGGUGUAAUUGUCAACCAGGCCUUACUGGAAGGACGUGUGCCACUGAUAUCAAUGAGUGUCUGCAAGCAGACUUGUGUCAGUACCAGUGCAGAAACACCUUUGGUAGCUUUGCCUGUAUCUGCCCACCUGGUUCUGUACUCAAUGCUGAUGGCGUCACCUGCAGUAGUGUUGGCUGCUUCCCAGAGUGCAUGAACGGUGGUGUGUGUAACAACAGUAGGUGUAUCUGUCCAAGAGGAUUCACAGGAGCAACUUGCUUCCAAGAUGUUGAUGAAUGUGCCAACCAGAAGGGAGGUUGUGAGCAUAUCUGUAGGAAUAUGCUAGGUAGCUACGUCUGCUUCUGUCCUCUUGGAUCAACUCUCAACCCUGAUGGACAUUCAUGCUCAGGAGGACAGUGCUUUCCACCAUGUCAGAACAAUGGUACAUGUAUCAACAGACGAUGUGUGUGUCCACCGGGCUUCCAGGGAUCCACCUGCCAAUAUGACGUGAAUGAAUGCAUAGUGACUGAUAUGAGCCCUUGCAGUGUUCAGUGUGUCAAUACCUUUGGUAGCUACCAUUGUACAUGCCCUGCAGGAUAUCAGCUUGGUGCAGAUGGAAGAUCAUGCACGCUUCCGUGUGGAAGGGAUUGUGUGAACGGGGGCACCUGUAACAGAGGGGUGUGUGAAUGCGCCCCGGGCUUCUCUGGAACAGACUGUAGCAGUGAUAUUAACGAGUGUGCAACAGGUUUGAAUCGAUGUCCAGAUGCCUGCCAGAACACCUAUGGGAGCUACCGAUGCUCCUGCCCAGUCGGGUUUCAGAUCUCCACCGACGGAACAGGAUGCAUUGAUGUGGACGAGUGCCAGACUCUAGGACUCGGUUGCUCACACCGAUGCACCAACCUCCCCGGUAGCUAUGCCUGUACCUGCCCCAUCGGCCAGCAGCUAGGACCUGAUAGAUUCACUUGCAGAGACGUACCAUGCAUCCCACCAUGUGUGAACGGAGGGCAGUGCGUGAGAGGGGCGUGUCAGUGCCCUAUCGGCUUCAUUGGGGAAGAUUGUAGCCAGGAAAGACCAUGUGAUGAUGUAUGCCGGAAUGGAGGAUUCUGUUACCAAGGGGCAUGUCAGUGCGGUGCCGGCUUCACUGGGGAGUUCUGUCAAACAAGAGUAUGCCAGCCAGCCUGUAUCAAUGGAGGGGUAUGCAGUGAAGGGGUGUGCCGGUGCCCCUCAGGGUUUAGUGGACUCUACUGCCAAGAGAGAGUGUGUGAUCCACCCUGUAUGCAUGAUGGUACCUGUGUUGGGGGUGUGUGCAUCUGUCGACCAGGCUUUACUGGAAAAGUCUGCCAAGAUCUUGACUGCAUUCGACCCUGCCUUAAUGGAGGAACAUGUAACUUUGGAGCAUGUGUAUGUCCAACUGGUUAUGAGGGAGUGGCAUGUGAAUUAGAAACUUGCAACCCCCCUUGUCUGAAUGGAGGAACCUGUUUCCAAGGCAACUGUGUUUGUCCGCUGCACUACUCUGGGCUUCAGUGUGAAAGCAGAGAGUGUUGGCCCCUCUGUCAAAAUGGAGGUGUCUGCCUGGAUGGGUUAUGUGAAUGCCCCUACGGAUAUCUUGGACAGUACUGCAAUAUCAGAUUGGCUGGAUGUGAACAGAGACCUUGUCAGAAUGGAGGGACAUGUGUGAAUGGAACCUGUAUAUGCCAUGCAUCUUACUCUGGACCUUUCUGUAGCAUCGUUGCCAUCACUCCUUGUGAUCCACCCUGUUUCAAUGGAGGUCUUUGCAUCAAUGGUGUAUGUGAGUGUGAGGAAGGCUCUACUGGACAAUUCUGCCAGCAUACCGCAAGCCUUGAGGGGUUCAACAUCCACAUCUACGCGAACCCUAACAACGACCACAUGGUAGGGAAGACAGUAGGCUUCAUCUGUGAGACCAACUACACCAGGACCUUGGAGAACCCACAGUGGUAUGACCAGACUGAUGCACCUAUAUUCAGCAAGACAGAAGCUCCUGGCAGUCGAAUCUACUAUGAGCCCAUCGCUCAGAAUGCCUCUUACCUCAUUGUCAGAGAUCUCAACGCAAACGAUAGAGGGCGCUAUGUAUGUGCAGCUGGACUAACAAUACGUGUUGCCAUGACUCUAGUGGUCUAUGUUCCUCAGUGCCAAGAACCUUGUCUCAAUGGAGGAUCUUGCUUCAACGACAUGUGCAUGUGUCGUAUGGGAUUUGAAGGGCCACGCUGUGAAAUAGAAAUGGAUCGUUGCCCAGCCUGUGCCAACGGUGGGUUCUGUAUAAACUUCAAAUGCAUCUGCCAAUACGGCUUUGUCGGAACCAUGUGCCAAAUAGCAGUGGGUGAGGAAUACUACGUCAGACUGACAAUUCCCUCAGACCAGUCACCUACCGUUGGAGGGAUGGUGACGGUGAUAUGUGAAGUGGUCGGGUGGUCUCCAUCGGCUGGUCUUCCAGAGAUAACGUGGGUCCUACCAGGGGGACAAACUGUCUUCAACAGACAAGUUGUGAAUGUAGGGUCAAUGGCUCAGCGAGGCCCAGCGGUCGAGGUACUCUCACGCACUGCUUCCAGACUUACGGUGGUUAACUUCCAGCCAGGACUCUCAGGCAAUUACAACUGCAGUGUAGGGGGACAGGUUGCUUCCAUACUUCUAACUCUUGAGUGUUGGCCAGAGUGCCUGAACGGUGGGACAUGCUUCAACGGGAAGUGCUUGUGUCCUGAGAGCUUCAGAGGAGAGAGAUGUGAGGUGCCAAUCGGUAGAUUCAGUCAAUGCCUGAUACCUUGUGCUAGCGGUGGUACCUGUGUCCUAGGCCAGUGUGUAUGCCCUGAAGGAUAUCAUGGUGAUUACUGUGAGAUGGGAGAGCCAGAGAUGAGCUGCCUACAGGACUGUUUGAAUGGAGGAAGCUGUGUUAAUGGACUGUGUGUCUGCCCCGAUGGAUAUGUUGGUUUCGCUUGUGAGAUACCAGUCUGUUUCCCAUCCUGCUUGAAUGAGGGUGUUUGCUACCAAGGACGUUGCGUAUGUCAGCAAGGAUUUGAAGGAAUAAGGUGUGAAUUUGAAACAUGCUUCACACCCUGCAGCAAUGGAGGCACUUGUGUGAACAGGAUCUGUGAAUGCGCUCAAGGCUUCGGCGGACCUUCUUGUGAAGUAUCAUUAAUCAUCAUCCCUGGUCAGACAGUCAUUGACAGGGACACUACUGUCUCCUUCACCUGUAUCUAUGAUGCUAAUCCAUCAGCUUCACCUAUCUGGUAUGGUCCUGAUGGGACCGUCGUACCUGUGGUGUCAGCAGUACGUGGUGACCUAGGAUCAGGUUACUCUGUGUUUGUGGAGGAACUCUUUAACCAAGGUGUGAGGCUUACUAUCCUGGACAUGGAGCCAAGCUACCAAGGAAUCUAUACUUGUGGGUUCGGAGGAAUCUUCAACCAAGUCAAUAUCACCCUUAACAUCACAAAUGGAGUGUCAACCAUUGCACCUCUGACAGGUGCCACCACGCCCCUCUUACUCAUCACAACAGCCCCACCUACAGUAUCCCCGCCCCCACCGACGCCCAAUCUGAGCUCCUGUACUCUGAUCCAGUCUGAUAUCUGCGGUAUUCUGCCGUAUCGAUACGCCUCGUUUCCUAACGCCUUUGCCCGGGAUGCAGAGAUAGCACAUCUUAUUACCUCCUCACUGACUCUGUAUUAUGAUGAAUGCUCAGCUAACGCGACCUUUGCCCUGUGCUACCUGUUCUACCAACCAUGCGACGCUGCCAACGUCAUGUGCUCAGAUGUAUGUGAGAUCGCUCAGAACCACUGUCAGCCGUUUGUCAGUCGAAUGUUGACGGUCUACGGCAUGGGAGUGACAAGGAACAUGUUGGAGCUCUGUGCUAGCUUGCCAGAGACAGACUGUAUAAGACCUGAGCCACGGCUCCCACCACCAAGCUCUGGAUGUCUGGGUGAGUGCCUGAAUGGUGGGCAGUGUCUGGAUGGCAACUGCUUGUGUCCUCCUGAGUUUACCGGAGAAUUAUGUGAAACAGAAAGUAAUGUGGACCCAGUGUUUGAGAUCAUCAUAACCCCCGACUACGAAGGCAUCGUCUAUGAUGGUGUGAAUAUAUCUAUCAUGUGUGAGGUUAUAGCUUCAAACCUACUCAACUAUCCUGUCUGGACUGGUCCUAAUGGACAGCAGGUCUUACCACAGCAACCCGGUGUCUCUGAUCGGAUCUAUGUUGAUCAGGUCUCAUCUAACACCAUGCGUCUUGUCAUCAAUAACGUCCAGGCCACCGAUGAAGGAAGCUACUUCUGUAAUGUCGGCUUGCAAUCAGCACCUUACACUCUGUACAUUACAGUACCUGAUUGUUUACUGGAACCCUGUCUUAAUGGAGGCCUCUGUGAGGGAGGACAGUGUCAGUGUCCUAUUGGAUUCAGGGGACCCAGAUGUGAAGAGCCAGUGGUAGUUGAAUACAACAUCACGAUCCUACCAAGACCUUCUGGUGAGAUACCCAUCGGCAGUGAUGUCAGCUUUCUCUGUCAGGUUCAAGGUGGCCAUACCACUCCCGUGUGGCUUCAUCCUGAGGGCUAUUCCAUCCAACAAAGAAAUGCCCUUUCGAGGACAUUCACUGAGGCAACGAGUGAUAACACGGUUUGUCUAGUGUUCACUGACAUCAGACCAGAGGAUUCCGGAGUCUAUCUCUGUCUCCUAGAUACCAGCUUCCAGGAGAUUAACAUCACCGUCGCAUCUGGUCCGAGGUUCAACGUGAUUAUCACUUCGAAUUUCACCACACCACCAAGCCCAGGAUCAGACCUUACAUUCAUCUGUGAAAUGUCUCAACCAGACACAUCCGCAUUCCCUAUCUGGUAUUACCCUGACGGCAGCCCAAUUCGAACUAGAACUGGAACAGGAACAAGUCGUGUCUACUCUGAGAACAUCUCUUUGUCUGCUACCAGAUUGAUCAUCUUAGAUGCCACCGAGGCGGAUGAAGGAAUAUACACCUGCAGAGCCAGACCUCUCUCUGCUACACUUGAGGUCACAUUAAUUGUUCCGAGCUGUGAUCCUGCUUGUUUGAAUGGAGGAAGCUGCAUUGGAGGCUCGUGUCUGUGUCCUUAUGGCUAUGAAGGGGAUAUCUGUGAAAUUAGCGUUAUCCAAGAGAUCUGCUUUCUUCCAUUCUGUCUUAAUGGUGGAACAUGUGACCAAGCUACAUGCUAUUGCUUACCAGGAUUCACCGGUAACCUGUGCGAAAGCAGGAUUGCUGCGGAGUACAAUGUAACAAUCACCACAGAUUUUGAGCGAAGGCCACUGGUAGGCGAUGAGAUCACCAUUAUGUGUAAAGUAUUGUCUGAUAGAUUAUCCUAUCCGCAACCAGCUUGGAUUGGACCUGAUGGAAACGUUGUUCCUUCACUAGCCACAGGUGCUUCUAGCCAUGUCUUCACGGAGUUCGUUGGACCGAGUACCACAGCUCUACACAUCAGAGGAAUUCAAGCCUCAGAUGAAGGGCUCUACACAUGUGAAGUAGACAUGACCAUACAGACUAUCACUAUCACCAUACAAUAUUAUGAAUGUAUACCGGCCUGUCUCAAUGGAGGAACUUGUGUGGAAGGUAUAUGUAUCUGUCCUGAUGAAUACAUUGGACCCAUCUGCUUGGACGAAGUCCCUCAGCCAUGCAACCUCCCCUGUCAGAAUAAUGGACAUUGCUAUGGUGGUCGUUGCCAUUGCGCAACAUAUUUCAUCGGAGAGUACUGCCAAACGAGAGUUGGGAAUAACUUUGAGAUCACUGUCAACACCGUGACCUUUGACCCUCCGAGCGUGGGUGACAACAUGAGGCUUUCAUGUACCUACAUUGGUGAAUCAGGAAACCAGCAACCGACCUGGGUCAAUCCCGGCGGAGAACUCAUCAGCAGGAUGGAUCAAGGUGGCAGCAGACAUCUGAGUGUUGAGGAGGAAUCCUCCAUGACCACUACACUGGUUAUCAAUAACAUCGUAGAGACAGAUUCCGGUAUCUACACCUGCACAGUGGGAGAGUAUGAUAAUGAGUUUGACAUCACAAUCCAGGAGGCUGAAUGUGUCCCAAGGUGUCAGAACAAUGGUCUCUGCAGCAUGGGAAUGUGCAUGUGCCCUGAGGGAUAUGGAGGAAUAGCUUGUGAAUUCCAGAUAACUGAGUGCGAUUUUCCCUGUGCUAAUGGAGGCACCUGUAGUAAUGCUCGAUGCAUCUGUCCAUCAGGAUUUGAAGGUUCAUUCUGCCAAAACAGAAGAUUUGUAGAUGAAAAUUUCCGGAUCAACAUCACUCCUCAUGUACCAAGGUUACCCCCUGUUGGUACAGAUCUACAGUUAGUGUGUGAAGUAGACAACCCUCAAGGUUUCCAGAGACCUGUGUGGGUCAAACCCAAUGGAGAGCGUGUUGUACAAGGUGAUGCAUCCCACAUCAAUGCUCGGGCGAUAUCACCCACGGCAACGCAACUCAACAUCCAUAUGGUGGAAAGAGGAGACUCUGGCAUCUAUACCUGUGUCAUUGGUUCCUACACCAACACCCUUACUGUGAUCUUCUACAAAAUGCCUUGUAUACCAGGAUGUCAAAAUGGAGGAACGUGUUCAGACGGCAGCAUCUGCUUGUGUGCCCCAGGAUAUACAGGCUACCAGUGUGAACACAGAGAGUGCAUGCCUGCUUGUAUUAACGGAGGAAGCUGUGUUAACGGAGAUUGCGAAUGCAGUCCAGACUAUGAAGGCCAGUUUUGUGAGAAUCUACGGAAGCCUGUGACGAUCAGAUUCACACCAAGCAUCAACGAUCUACCUUUAGUUGGUGAUGACCUGACGGUUGUUUGUGAGAUUAUCGGUAUGACCGACCUAGUUGAACCACGCUGGAUGGACCAACUUGGAAACCCGGUGCGCUUGUUUGGUAUAGCUCCUAACCAGCGUGUUGGAGUGCAGUACUCGUCCCGCACAGCCACCACCCUAGUACUGAACAACCUCCAGGCCAGAGAUGCCGGCAUCUACACAUGCACUCUAGGAACUCUCACCAGCUACUUCACCAUCACCGUUGCUUCACAAGCGGACUGUUCUGUGACCUGUCACAAUGGAGGAACCUGUGUGUCUAACCGAUGUAUCUGUCCAGAAUACUUCAAUGGUUUGCAGUGUGAACAGAGAGUUGGUCCCGACUAUGUCAUCACAGUAAGCCCACCCGUUGACCAAGCACCUAUCCUUGGCAAUGAUAUCAGCUACGUUUGUCAGAUAGCUACUAGCAGCAACUACCCCCGCCCUGCCUGGACUUCCCCAGGGGGUGUUGCCGUGUUACCCAUUGGGCAAGGUGGUUCUGAACAUCUGAAUGUCCAGUAUGUCUCUGAUCGUGAGUCAAGGCUUCUCAUCCAGGACCUCACUCCCAAUGAUAACGGGAUCUACACCUGCUACAUUGGAACUCUCACCAACUCAGUAGUCAUCUCUGUUGAAAUUCCUGAUUGCCCUGGACCCUGUCAGAAUGGAGGAACUUGUGCAGGUGGAACUUGUCUAUGCCCUAAUGGAUUCACAGGGGUACUAUGUGACAGACCAGCUUACACCAUUCAGAUACGACAGGUCGGCCAGGCAAACACAGUGAUCGGAGGCAGUAUCAGGAUGUCAUGUGAGAUAGAGGGCGCAAGACCAACGUACCUUCAACCCAGAUGGACUGGGCCAAACAACCAGCCAGUCACCACAGACCCCAACUCCCGGGUGUUCAGCAUUGCCACCUCUUCACUGGCCAACCAGCUAGUGAUCUCUAACCUCCAGUCCGCAGACCAGGGCACCUUUACCUGCACAGUCGGACCUGUCAUCGCUACCUUCUCUAUUGUUGUCGAAGAAGCCCGUUGUCCAAUACCGUGUCAGAAUGGAGGCUCUUGUGUCAGGGGAUCCUGUGUAUGUCCUAAUGGGUACAGUGGUAUCGCCUGCGGAACCAGAGAUCCUUCAGAUGUAAGGAUCAAGAUCACGCCAAACCGUCAGGGUGUCUCUCACAUCGGGCAGGAUCUUGAGAUCCUGUGUGAGAUUCUUGGUACCAGCAUCUAUCAGAACCCCAUGUGGAAGGGACCCUCCGGACAACUGGUUCCUGGAGCCACGGCAGAACGGAACAACCUGAGAGUCCAGGAAGUCUAUGAGACGCCAUCAGCCACCAGACUGUACAUCAGUGGUCUUAGCCCUGCUGAUAAGGGACAGUAUAUCUGUAUGGUGGGACCAGUUAUGGCUAGGUUUACUCUGAUGGUGACAGCUCCACAGUGCAACCCACAGUGUAUGAAUGGAGGAACUUGUAACAACGGACAGUGUAUUUGUCACCCUGGCUACACUGGUGCAAUAUGCCAAAAUCAAGGUGGCUUCUCUCUUAGUAUUCGUCAGGUUGGUAGCACGCCGCCUGUCCAGGGAGCCAACCUACGAUUCUCCUGCCAGUCCUCUGGGGCAGGCAGGCUUCAGAACCCUGUAUGGAGGGAUCCACGAGGGCAGAGAAUCACACACCAGCAAGGAGGGUCAGAUCGAGUUUAUGUCGAGAUGAUAUCACCAUCUACCACGACUCUGGUCAUAAACAGCAUCUCAGCGGCUGAUGCAGGCAGCUAUGCUUGCAUACUAGGAACAGUUACUACUACGCUGAACAUCCACAUCGAUGCUCGAGUGGCUCAAUGUAACCCACCCUGCCAGAAUGGAGCCACAUGCCGUGAGGGUACUUGUAUCUGCCACAGAGGAUACUCAGGACAAGCUUGUGAGAGGAUAGGUCAAGAAUGCAUCAGACCCUGUCAGAAUGGAGGAACCUGUCUGAAUGGAAUAUGUCAGUGUAUCCCAGGAUACUCUGGUAUUGACUGCAGGAAUGCAGAUAUCAGGAUCCUCCCUCCUCCAACUAGUACGCUGGUCGUCGGUCAGAAUACAACCUUUGUCUGUGAGAUAUCAGACCAACUCGGCUACUUUAAUCCAACUUGGCUGGGUCCAGGAGGUACUCCUGUCAACGUCAGGUCUGGUAAUGGAAGGUACGUGGUUGAGAGGGUGUCUGACUAUGUGUCUCGUCUCCAUGUGGUAAGGGUUCAGCAGGUGGAUACAGGGGUCUACGUCUGCACCGUGGGUAUGCUCCGAGCGUCCUUCACUCUCACCAUAGAGGCUCCUGAAUGUCCUCUGCCAUGCUUGAACGGAGGCACGUGUGUAGCAGGAGGAUGCCAAUGUCAUGCAGGUUACACCGGAAGACAAUGCCAGAAUAGUGGACCACCCUUCCAGGUGCGGAUCCACCCCCCUGAUACCAACCAGUACCUUGUAGGUCAGGAUAUCACGUUCCUAUGUGAGGUGCCCCAGGGUAGCCCCUAUGGUAGGCCGCAAUGGAGAGGACCUGAUGGUGUACCCAUCGUAGCCAUCACACAGGGAGCUCCUAAUCAUCUGAGCUCCCAGGAAGUUGGAUCCUACCUGACCCGCCUUGUUAUCAGAAGCCUUCGUCUAGAUGAUGCAGGCUCAUACACGUGUUAUGUCGGACCUCAUUCUACAACUUUCACCAUCACCCUGGAGAGUACUGGAGGUCGACCCUGCACGGCUCCUUGCUUGAAUGGAGGGACCUGUAUGGAUGGUAACUGUAUUUGUCCUCAAGAGUUUACUGGACCAUCAUGCGAGAGACAAGUCACACCAUAUGCAAUCCGCAUCAUCCCGCCCACCGACACAACGCCCUCUGUUGGUCAAACCAUCAGUUUUCUUUGUGAACUUAGACAGGAUGGCCAGUACACAAGUCCCAUCUGGAGGCUACCUAGUGGUCUACCAGUCAGUCCAAGGGGAUUCAUUGGUAGUCAGCGGAUGUACACCCAGAGCUCCUCUCCCUACUCCACUACUUUGGUGAUCGAAGACAUCCAAGGGAGUGAUUCAGGGACAUACUCCUGCGCGGCUGGCCCUCUUACCACCUCAUUCACAAUCAGCAUUGCAGUUGAGCCAACAUGUUCCAGACCCUGUCAGAAUGGAGGAACCUGUGUGAAUGGAGCAUGUGUGUGCUUCCCUGACUAUACUGGAGAUCAAUGCCAACUAAGAACUGCACCUCUACCUGGUUCAUACCGCAUCACCAUCACCCCGUCCAUUCAGCAGAUUCCUCGCCUAGGUUCAAGCUUCAAUCUGGUCUGUCAGGUGUCUAGCAAUAGCCCCUUUUUGGACCCUGAGUGGCGAGGAGCUAAUGGCCAGCUCAUUCCAUCUGCAUCACUAGGUGCAGUAGGACGAUUGUACACGGUAAAGACAAGCGACAGUUCCUCCAUCCUCUAUAUCAACAGCGUGAUGGCCGCAGAUGCGGGAAGCUACUCCUGCAGUACAGGGCCACUCACUGCUACGGCUAACAUCACAAUUAGUGGUGGGGGCGGUACAGCCAUAGAGGAACGUUGCUUCCCCCCAUGCCGAAAUGGAGCAACCUGCUCUCAUGGUAGAUGUGUAUGUUUGCCUGGUUACAGCGGACAAGCUUGUGAACAAAGAGAAGCUAUCCAUGUCCUGCCGGACAUUCCGACCCCUGAGAGCGAGCCCAGGAUUGGAGAUCCUCUCAGACUCCUGUGUCAGGCACCUAUUGGGAGUACGUACGGUAACCCAACGUGGCUGGACUCUAACCUCCAAGCAGUACCAGGAAGAGUCAUAGGUAACGAGCGAGUGUAUGUGGACUAUCCAGCGCCAGGAGCAACCCGACUCAACUUUGAGGCUCUGAGUCUCCAGGAUGCAGGCAGCUACACUUGUCAAACAGGACCUCUCACGUCCAUCUAUGAAAUUGACAUUCAAGGUAAUGAUUGCGGAGGACUCUGUCUUAAUGGAGGAACCUGUAACUCUGGGAGAUGUCUCUGCCCUAAUGGAUAUAGAGGACCACAGUGCACAGUACAUGAUAUCAACGCCUAUGUGAUACGGGUCAUACCAGUGGACCAUACCAUUCCCGUUGUAGGGGAGCAGCUGAGAGUUGUUUGUGAGGUGUCCCCUGACAGCCCCUAUGGUGCUCCAAAAUGGAUCGAUCCGCAGGGUGAAGAGGUCAUGAGUUUCGCUCCAGGUCCAUUAGGCAAUGUGUACACAGAAACACCCACUUCACUUUCAAGAGAAAUGGUAUUCACCAGUCUAACCGAGUCAGAUGGAGGCGUCUAUUCAUGUGUAGCUGGCCCAUUGAUGUUCAACCAUACGGUCGUUGUACAUGGUCCAGGUAUGAUUGACAUUGAGCAACCUGAGAGCCCUGUGUACAACAUCGGUACCAAUGUGUCUUUCGACUGUCAGAUCGCUGAGAACAGUCUGUACAGGAAUCCUAUGUGGAUAAAUCCAAGAGGUGAUGCAGUCCAGCCGCUGGAUCAAGGCGGUGAUGCCCAUCUUCACACUGUACAGUCUUCGGAGUCGUCAUCAAUACUCAAUCUUGUUGGUGUGUCUCCGGUCGAUGCAGGAACAUACAAGUGUGUUGUUGGGGACUUCCAAUCGACCGUCAAUGUCAUUGUCAACAUUGAGGAGUGUGAACCUCCAUGUCUUAACGGUGGAGAAUGCAUCGCCCAAGAAUGUCUUUGCCCAUACCCUUUCACUGGACCAAUGUGCGGACAGCUGGCCUCCAUGAGGAGAUGCUUGAGACCAUGCCUGAAUGGAGCCGAGUGUGUAGAUGGUGUGUGUAACUGCCUCUAUGGAUUCACUGGUCCACAAUGUAACAUGAUAGAUGAAGGUAUUGUACGUGUAAGGAUCCCUGAUCAGGAUAAUCCAAUCCUGGGUGCCGAUGUGAGCUACAUCUGUGAGGUACCUCAAGAUAAUCCUUAUGGAUCACCGAUGUGGAUUAACCCAGAGGGAGAGAUAAUCGGAACCAUGGGAUUAGGAGGUGAUUCCCACAUGAAGACGGAGCAGAUAUCUCCUUAUGCGACUCGCCUCUUCAUUAUGGACAUCCAGCUGGAGGACGAAGGGCGGUACAUCUGUGCUGUCGGACCCCUAAGAAGACUCUUCGACAUCAUGGUGGAUGAGGUGGCAUGUAUCCCUCAGUGUCUGAAUGGAGGAACCUGUCUUAUGGGCAAGUGCUAUUGCCCUGAUAGCUUUACUGGACCAGCUUGUCUGCAGAGAAUCAUCAUUUGUGAUCCGCCAUGUUUGAAUGGUGGGAUGUGUCUAUCUGGAACCUGUAGCUGCACUGAAGGAUAUGGUGGAGAGGCUUGUGAAAUGCCAGGUGUGGAUCUUACCAUUGAUGGACCAGAGAGUGUCAUUCUAAUGGCUGGUAAUGAUCUUCGUCUGAUUUGUCGUGUCAGUGAUGAUACCUACGGCAGUCCUAUGUGGUUGGAUGCGCAGGGAGACAAAGUUUCUGAAGGUACACUGGAUGAGGCCAUUGGCACAUAUCAUCACACCCAUUUGAUGACUGAACUCAUUAUGUACAACGCACAAGCCUUUGACUCAGGAGAAUACACGUGUGCAGUGGGUCCAUUCCAAGAAACUACCAUGGUACUGGUAGCCGGAGAAGAACCAGACUGUCUUCCUGUGUGUCGGAACGGUGGGGAUUGUGUGAACGGGGUCUGUCAGUGCACAUCAGACUGGCUUGGCACAGAAUGCAAAGUACCUGCUAAUGGCUACAUCUCGAUCACCCUUGACCCCGAGCUUCAGUCGAUACCUGGGUCAGAGGUCAGAUACUUGUGCGAGGUCCAGGAGGGAGAUCAUUUUGUGCAGCGUCCUCAAUGGUUCCGCAAUGGACAACUCAUCCCUGCUCAAUUUGGGAAUGUGAGCAAUGUCUUUGUGAAUGUUUUGAACAACAUGAGUUCAGAGCUUGUGAUUAGAAACCUGAGAGAGACUGAUCUUGGCGUUUACUACUGCACUGGAGGGUCGGACGUGAAGUACAUCAAUGUUAACUAUGCUGAGAUAGAAUGCAACCCACCCUGUGUAAAUGGAGGAACCUGUAAUGAUGGAGAAUGCCAAUGCCCUGAAGGUUUCAAUGGACCUUCAUGCUCCAGACAAGCUGAAGACUUCAUUGUGAUCAGUGUACCUCAAGGUCAAAGGUCAGAGGUCGGAGGUAAUGCAACAUUCUUGUGUGAGGUUCCUGAAAGCAGCUCCUAUGACCCACCCCAAUGGCUGGAAUCAAGCGGUCAGCCAGUCUUGCCCUAUGGACAAGGAAACAAUAGCAGAGUCUUUACCAAGGAGAUCUCAUCCUAUGCCACUCAACUUAACUUUGAGUUUGCUGAAUCUGAGGAUUCUGGCGAGUAUGCUUGCAGUGUAGGGCCAUUCACAUAUGGUCACAACGUCACAUUUGAAGAUCCUGAUUGCAACCCGGAAUGUUUACAUGGAGAAUGCAUUGAUGGGAGAUGUGAAUGCCCUGUAGGGUUAGUUGGUAUGCAGUGCAAUAUUCCUGAUAAUACUUUCAUCUUGGUGAGUGAGCCUACUGGUCAGGUACCAGUGGUUGGUCAGAACCAAUCAUAUCUGUGUGAGGUGGCACGUGACAAUCCUUACGGCAAACCGGUCUGGAGGAACAGAGAGGGCGACGUCAUCAAUCCUAUCGGAGAAGGUGGAAUUGACCACAUGUACACCGAGAACCUGUCUCCAUUUGCAACUCGCCUUUUCAUCAACGAUCUCCGCCUGAUUGAUGCUGGGAUGUAUGUCUGCACUGUAGGACCAGUAGACCAACGAUUCACUAUCCUUGUCAAUCCCUUGUCAUGUGAGCAUCCUUGUCUGUAUGGAGGACGUUGUGUGGAGGGGGCUUGUGAAUGCUUACCAGGCUUCUUAGGAGAACGGUGUGAGACACCAAAUUUUGUGAUAUCGAUUGACCAGACUCGUCCAGCCUUGCCCCAGACUGGUGACAGUGUAAGCUUUGUAUGUGAAGUGGACCACACAGCACCCUACCAGAACCCAGUCUGGUAUGACCCACAGGGCAACAUCAUAGACCCAAGUGGAGAUUCUCACUACACGAUUGUAGCUCUGGACCGUAAGGCUACUCGUCUGGUUAUCAAUGAACUACUACCUACAGACUCUGGGCCAUACGUCUGCAAUGUGGGACCAGUCACUACAGAAUUCUCUGUUCAAGUUCAGCCUGCGCACUGCAGUCAACCUUGUAUUAAUGAAGGGACCUGUGUGAGGGGUGCGUGUGAAUGCCCAGACGAAUUCCAUGGAAGCUUCUGUCAAAUUGGAGUAAAGAGACCCUUCUCCAUUGAGAUCCAAGGACCUCCUAGAGAGAAACCAGAGAUUGGUGAUGAUCUGACCUUGAUCUGUCGAGUGUCUCAGGAAGGACAGGGAAUACCAACAUGGCUGGGACCUGACAACCAACCCAUUGCCGGAAUACAGACUGGUCAGCGAAUCUUCUCUGAUGUCCAAUCUAACACCGAGACAGCCUUGACCAUUGUAUCGGCAGAGUCUGGAGAUGCUGGACGUUACAGCUGCGUGGUGGGCAUGAACAGAGCUGAUUAUCUACUCUCCGUAUCAGGACCUGAAUGUCUUGUUCCUUGUUCUAAUGGAGGAACAUGCGUGGAGGGGAGUUGCAGAUGUGCAGAUGGUUUCGAUGGUGGUUUCUGCCAAAAUAUCAAUGGUGAUGACUACCAGCUUCGAAUCCGAGUCCAGCGUAACCCACAGUUUCUGGUGGGAAUUAACACCAAGGUCCUGUGUGAGAUCCGAGGCAACACCAACGAGAUCAAUCCCCAGUGGUUCGGUCCUGAUGGAGAACUCAUCAGGGGUACUGGAAAAGGAGGGAACAAACACAUCAAUACCCGUACCGCCAGGAAGUCCAACCGUCUCAGCAUUAAUGAACUGCAGGUAGAAGACGCGGGAGAGUACACCUGUAGGGUUGGACCCAUAGAAUCUGCUUUUGUCAUCAUUCCAAGGAGUGGAGAGUGUGAGGAUAUCUGCACUAAUGGAGGAACAUGUGCUAACGGAGCCUGUCUAUGCCCCAUAGGAUUUGCAGGGAUGUCUUGUGAAAUACCAGUUGGUCCAGAAGGAAUCAGUGUGAACAUCACCAUCACCUCCUCCCUAAAUCGUGAUCCUGAUCUUGGUGAAGGGAUCACCUUCUUGUGCCAGGUCAGCCCUAAUCCUCUCUACACCAACCCCAGGUGGCAUGGACCUAACGAUGAGGUGUUCCCUGUCGUCAACACUUUAGAUCCAUUGCGGCCACCCAUCCAUGCUGUACAGCUGACACCUUUGAUGACGCAGUUGACCCUCACCAGUGUGUCUGAAGAGAAUGCUGGAAUGUACGCCUGCACCGCUGGACCGCUGACUAGCCUGUAUCCUCUCAACAUACCCCCAUCAACAUGUGAGCAACCGUGUCAGAACAGAGGAAACUGUGUGAGAAGUCAAUGUGUGUGCAAGCAAGGAUUUGAGGGAGAAUUCUGUGAAAUAGAAGUGGAAGUUUUCUACAACGUCACAAUAACGCCUGGCCAGGAUCUGACGCCCUCUAUUGGCGACAGUGUAAGUUUCCUGUGCGAAAGUGAAGGCCUGGAUGCUCCUCUCCCCAUCUGGUACGACCAGAAUGGUAAUCGCAUCUCACCAAGCAGGGCAGACAAUGAGUUUCAAAACUCCUUCAGCUCAUCAGAUGAAGCGUUAACGGAAACGGUCUCGUCGUCAGACGUAGAUUUGGCUGGUCAGUUAGUGCAGGUCGUCUCACCUACCCAAUCGAGACUGGUGCUCAAUGACAUCUCAGAAUCAGACUCGGGUAUCUACACAUGCGCUGCUGAACCGAAAAGGGAUACCAUUGUUGUCAACAUCUUCAUUCCUCGUUGCCUGCCAGAGUGUCAGAAUGGAGGCUCUUGCGAGGAGGGAAUCUGUGUAUGCACCGAGGGUUUCACUGGAUCUCACUGCCAUUACUCAUAUGAGAGGGACUUCAGUGUGGAGUUUGACCCCAUUCAGGAGGAUCUCCCCACAGCAGGACAGAGCUACAGUGUGGCCUGUGAGCUAAAUGGACCAGUGGAGAUCAGCAGACCGAUGUGGAUUGGACCUCUGGGUCAAGAGAUAGCUCCAGUAGGACAUGGUGGAUCAGACAAUGUGCAUGUGGAGUUCCAAGGAGUGAAUGUCACCACUCUUCAUCUAGACAGUAUCACCAGUGAACAAGGUGGACUUUACAUCUGUACUGCAGGCCCUGUUGCUGGAGUUUUCAACCUGUCUCUUGCUUUACACUGCGCACCCCCAUGUAUGAAUGGAGGUGUCUGCCAGGGGGGUCGUUGCGAAUGCCCCGAGUCUCAUACAGGGGAGACAUGCAGUCAACCAGUACCUGGAUGUCAUAGUAAGCAGGCCUGCUACAAUGGAGGGACUUGCCUGGAACACAGGUGCUUCUGUAAACCAGACUUCACGGGAGAACUCUGUCAAUUCACUGUGAGUAUCGAUGCCAACCUGCGUAUUGAGCUUGAUCCAGACAAUGAUUACACCGAGGGAGGGAACGUGAGCUUCCUCUGUAUCACUAAUGGAUUGGAUGCUCCUCUCAAUCCAAGAUGGCGGAAAGGAGACUACCAGUAUAUCCAGUCGUCGGUCUUUGGAGAAGGAAGUCACAUUGUCACAUCCCGUAAGUCUGGUUUCAUCACCCAACUGAGGAUCAUGAACGUCAGUGUUCAGGACAGUGCUACAUACACCUGUAACGCAGGACCGUUGCAGCAGUCUAUCUCGCUCACCAUCUACAAUAACACCUAUCCUUGCAUCCCUCGUUGUGUCAACGGAGGGCACUGUAUAGAAGGUAUCUGUAUAUGUCUGGAAGGCUACACCGGAGAAGCCUGUGAUGAGCUGGUUCCAGAAUGUCAACCCUUAUGUGAGAACGGUGGGGAGUGUGUAGAAGGGGAAUGCAGAUGUCCUAGAGGCUUCAAUGGAACAGCCUGCCGACACCAGAUCGUGGAGCCCAUCUCCAUUGCCAUUCACCCUGAGGAGGGUCAAGUCUUCUAUACCGGAGAGAACAUUGCCUUCCUAUGCCUCACCCAAGGAACCUUCGCCCCAGAGAAUCCCCAAUGGAGAGACCCCAGUGGAAGGGUGGCUGGCAUCAGGCAAACAAGUGUGGACCGUAUAUUCACCUUUGCUGUCAACUCCACUGCCACCAGGCUUUACAUCAGACCCCUAGCUGAGGGAGAUGCUGGCUACUUCACUUGUGCAACUGGCCCUCUGAACAGCACUAUAUUCAUCAGUAUUGAAGAACGCCCUUGUCCUCUGAACUGUGCUAACGGAGGAACAUGUAGAGAUGGCAUCUGCUCCUGCCCUGAAGGCUACCAAGGAUCUUUCUGCCAGAUCGGAAUUGGGUUCCAGUCAUCUAUUGUCAUCAUCCCGAGUAUAGAAAAGAGUCCGAUGGUUGGUAAUCAUAUUGAGUUCUUGUGUAGGACCAGCGGAACCAUGAACAGUUUUUGCUAA